AUGCACUUUUUAAACCGUUUUAAUGUGUAUUUUAUACAAAUAAGCAAACGCGAUUUUGCGGUGAAAGCAGAAAAAGGGUUAAAGCCAUCCUCUUUAAGAGUAAGGGGAAAUAAAAAUAAUUUUAACGAUAUAAUUAAUAAAUAUUACCCAAACCGAGUUUUAAAAAAAGGAAAAAAUGACCUGAAUAGAGAGAGUAAUAUAGAUUGUGAUAAUAAGAAGUAUUAUAUAUCUGAAAAAGUAAAACGAAAAAUGAAAUUAUUAAAUGAUCAAAAUAAUAAAUUAAAUAUGUAUAGUGAACUAGCCAUUUUUAAUGAAGACAAAAAUAAAAAAAAAGAAAAUCAAACAGAGAUAAUAACUGAAAAUAUAUCGCAUAGUCAAUCAAUUAUAGCUCAAGAUAUUGAAAAAGAAAAUAGAAAUAUUGAACGAAAAAAUGAAACAUUGGAAAUUUCCAAAGAAGAGCAUGAUAUACAAAAAUAUAAAAAUAAAAUACAUAAAAAAAUAUGGAUAAGUCUUAAGAAAAACAAUAAAAAAGAUUUCGAAUAUUACUAUGAUAUAUUAAAUAAAUAUCCAUUAAAAGAUGAAGUUUCAUAUAGUAUUUUGUUACAUGGAAAAAUAAUUAUAUCAGAUGGACAAUAUUUAGAAGAAAGUUUUAGUAUAUUAAAUGAAAUGAAAUUAAAAAAAAUUCAUCCUUCUUUAAUACGAUUUAAUGAAAGGUUAUUAUGUAGUUAUGCUGAGUUAACAAAUUUGAAUUCUAGACCAAACGUAAAACAAUGGAUAAAAAUUUUGAGGUGUGUUUGGUUUACCUCUGCUUUAAUUAAAGCCAGACGACAAAAAUAUAUUUUAAGAAAUAUUAAUAAUGCAAAGAAAAAUAAGUCUAUUGAAUUAAGCAACUUUAAAAACAUUUUCAACAUUCACAAUUUAGCUGCAUUAUAUGCCGAAAAUAAGGAUCCUCUCACUAAAGGCUAUAAUGAAUAUAUUCAAUAUGAUCAAUUAAUAAAUAAAAGUAUAUAA